AUGGCAUUGGUUCUUCGAUUCCCGAGCACCGAGGGGUUCAUACAGGAGCGUUUUCUUGAUGUAAUUCAUGUCACUGAUACUACUGCUUUGACUCUCAAGAAGGCAAUUUGCAAAGUCCUUUCUGAUAAUAAUUUGAAUGUCCAAGACAUUAGAGGACAAGGCUAUGACAGGGCAAGUAAUAUGAGAGGUGAAUGGAAUGGAUUGAAGGCUCUAAUUCUGAAUGACUGCCCUUAUGCAUAUUAUGUGCAUUGCAUGGCUCAUCAGUUACAGUUGGCGCUUGUUGCCGCGUCAAGGGAGGUACAUGAUGUGCAUAACUUUUUCCAAAAUGCAAAUUUCAUUAUAAAUGUUGUUAGCGCAUCGACUAAACGUAAUGAUGAGUUGUUAGCAAAUAAAGCUGCGGAGAUUGCUCGCAAAAUUGAAUUGGGAGAACUCGAUACAGGAAAAGGGCAAAAUCAGAUAGGAACUUUACAAAGACCUGGCGACACUAGAUGGAGUUCCCACUUCAAGUCAAUUCAGAGUUUACAGAAGAUGUUUGGCGCUACAGUUGAGGUCCUAAGGAGUAUAGCAAAUGACCGUGCAGCCUCGAAAUAUUCUAGAGGAGAUGCCGUAGGAGCCCUAAAAAUAAUUAUGUCAUUUGAUUUUGUGUUCAUUUUACAUCUAAUGGAGAAAAUCAUGAAAAUCACUGAUGUUUUAUGUCAAACACUCCAAAAGAAGUCACUAGAUAUUCUGAAUGCAUUAGAUUUGGUCUCAACCACAAAGGUGCUACUUGGUAAGCUGAGAGAAGAUGGUUGGGAUCCCCUUCUUCAGGAGGUUCAAUCUUUUUGUUUGAAGCAUGAGAUUGACAUCCCUGAUCUGAAUAGCAG